CCAAGCUGUGCUCAGUCUCACUAAGUAGACAAAGAUAGCCUUGAACUCUGAUCCUCCUGCCUACACAGCUCAAGUGCUGGGAUGACAGGCUCGUAUCACCAAGCUGGGCCCAUAUCUCAUUUUAAAUGGUCUCUUGCCAAAAUGAAAGGCACAUUGCAUCAGCUGACUGGAGAGGAUCUCCAGCCAGUCAAGCCCCACUGCAGAUAGAGAAAGACCCUAAAAAUAGCCUUCUGCGUGCCAGCUCAACAGGUGAUUGGCUCAGAGAGGGGAGGAGAUCCUCUAUGCGGGGUGAAGGAGAGAGAAAAGGACAGAACCGUGGUUCCCAGUUUCUCAGCAAUGGCUCUGCCUCUUAAGGUCUUGAGUCGGGGCUUGGCCAGUGCCGCCAAAGGAGACCAUGGAGGGGCCGGAGCCAAUACCUGGCGCCUCCUGACCUUUGUGCUAGCUCUCCCCAGCGUGGCCCUCUGCUCCUUCAACUGCUGGAUGCAUGCUGGCCACCGGGAGCGCCCGGAGUUCAUCCCUUACCACCACCUCCGCAUCCGUACCAAGCCCUUCUCCUGGGGGGAUGGCAACCACACACUUUUCCACAAUCCUCACGUCAAUCCUUUGCCCACUGGCUAUGAGACCCCUUAAAAGUCUUCCACUGUCUCCAAACUGAUCUACUGUGUACCAGCUAUGAAAGCCCCCAAAAUUCCA